UCUAUCUUACUUUCUUACGUACGUCGAAAUGUCCGCGUACUCCUGAGAUUGAGUGUCCGCGCGCGGCUAUCGACAUCGACCUCGACGACGAGGACGAGGACGACGACGUUCGCUCCGCCGUGAGAAGAAACCCGCAGAAGUGACUGGUAGUGGCAACGGUCAAUAAUGCGCAUACCGGACGCGUGGAAACGGCAACGCGAGCGACGAUAACUUUAGAUCUCAAAGAUUGCUGUAAAUCAGGCUGCAAAGUCCUGCAGGCAGCAUGAAUAAUCCUUAUCGAGCUAGACCCGCCAGAUCUCGGGUGGAUCAUUCAGCUACAUAUGGAAUGCACAAUCAAAAUAUGUGGAUACCCAUGUCUGGGCCUCAAUCGGAUGUCCCACCGAAUGAUACCACCCAGCAAUCUUUUACGAACCAGUCAAAACAUGCGAGCGAUACAUGGAAGGAUCCCUGGGACUGGAAUCUGGACCAACAGUCGGAUACCCAGCAGCAGCAAUCACCACCACAGCAGCCACCACCACAACAGCAACAGCAUUACAUACCCUCGUAUCAGAAUCAAGGACAGCUGAUAUCCGAUUCUAUGCGAAACCAUUAUUAUAAAAAUCUUAAUGGUAAUACAUCCGAUGUACUUAACCAGAACUCCGUGUCAGGCAGAAACACUCCCAGGUCGGAGUCUGCUUGUCAGACUGGGUCGAGUUACAUGGAUUCUUUCCCGCCCUACGCGAAUUAUAAUCAAAGUCAGCAGUAUCCGUUGCCUCGACAGAACAACGCGAAAUCCAAUUUCGAGCAUGCUCAAUGGCCGAACGAACAUCAGUCGUCAAAUGCAGCUUAUACUCAGCAAAGACUCGUGCCGCAACAAAGCCAGAAGGAUCAACCACCAUUGCAUUUACCAUCAACACAUCCACCACCAACACAUCCACCACCGACACACCCACCACCGACACACCCACCACCAACACAUCCACCACCGAUGGCAACACAUAACAAUUAUAAUUGGAGUAAAGACGACACAACAAACUUACCAUUGCAACGUAAUUGGCAGAAUCAUACCGAUACUCUAGGUCAGUGGCAGGAUCAAACCACGUCGCAGGAAAUGCAACAGCCAACAGUCGACAAUCAAUGUGCGCAAUCAUCGCAAAUAUACAAUGCGCCUAUCGAGGGGGUCAAUAAGGAACAUUCCGUGAACUGGUCUACCAAUGAGCAACAGAGUAACGAAGCGGGUAAUAAGUCUAAUGUCGUAUCGAAUCAGUGGCAUAAUCAAAAUCGCGAGUCCCAACCUCAAUCCGCGCAUUUAAUACAAACAAAUAAUGUAGAUGACGCAUUUGCUUCUUGGCCACAGUCGAGCAACAUCAGUGCCUCGCACAAUUGGAGAAAUUCUAACGUGCAAAACGAAUCUGUACAUGCAACUUCUACGCAAUGGUUACAGCCAACGAGUGCGGAUAACAGUUCGUUCGCGCAGAACGUAUCACAGAAUAAUAACAGCGUUAGGUUUGCUGUGAACGAAUGGCAACAAGUGCACAUGGCGCCAUUCCACUAUGCUCCAGCAUCUACAACUGUAACAGCAGCAGCACCUACAAGCGUAAAAAAUAUUGUACAUACACCCAAUAAUAAUGAACAAGAGAACGAGAAGCAAGCAGCAGUAGCUUCUAUCGCAACUCCUGUGUCGCCUCACGAUUCAAUCAGUCACGCAAAAUCGAGCGAUAUUAAGUCACCGAUUGGAGAUCACCAUAAUCUAAACGUACUGACUGAUGAUACACCGAAAAAUGAUCUUUCUAAAACCGUUCUUAGCGAAAAGGACCGUUCUUUUGAUUCUACAGUGACAGAGGAAUUAACCAGCAGUUUUGGUCAUCUUAAUCUUAAUAGUAAGUCGGGAAAACACGUAGAUCUUUUGGGUGAAUCGUUAGAGGUACAGUCGAACCCCGUUCUACAAGAAGGGAGAGCUCAACAUCCUGCUAAUUUCAACGUCGCGAGUAUCCGAGACAAUUCUGUUCCCGAUAAUAUGUCCGUGCUACCUCCAGAUUACGCGUCAAGCGGUAUAGAGAAUUCUCAUUCUGUCGAUAGCCAGCCAGUUGUCUGUCAAGAUCCUCUAAUAUCGAAUACAUAUCAAAGUGGUGCUACUAAAAUAAUAGAUAGCAUCUCGCAAAGCGGUUAUCAAUGGGAUCAAUGGUACAAUCAAAAUACGUUAGAGAAUGCAUGGUAUGCGAAGGAUCACUCACGUCCACCUCCCAAACAGUGGAACACUCCUGAGCAGAACGUAGAGAAUUACGAGAAUAUCCAGCAAUCAUCCGACUUCAUAAACGUCGAGGUUGUUGCGCCUGCAACGUUAAAAGAGCGCGAUAUUUACGGUUCUCGGGAUUCCAUAAACAAAGAAACGUUGGACAACGAUCCCAAGCCAAGCGCGAGUCCUAAAGAAGCGACGAAUAUUCGGGAUUUCCGGGAGGAGGUGAACAACGUCGAAGUGCUGUCGGUGCAGCAACAGCAGCAGCAAACUCGGUCUCAUCCUCCACCUUUGACGGAACAAAUGCCGGAUAAUUAUGAAUUCGCUUCGAAUGAUAGAAAUACGUUUUUAGAGACUGGCGAGUUGACGGACUCGCAUCAGGAACACGAACCAACGCCACCGAGCCAGGAUGACGAAAAUGAUGAAGUGCCUAACGAUAUUCCCUUCCUGCGCGAAGUACCGGGACAAUCGAGUACCAUAGAUCCACGCAGAAAUGAUCCUACAGGUCAGGAGCAGACUGGACAACGUCUGUCCGAUCCUAGGAGGAAUGAUCCAUCGGGUCAGGAACAAAGUAUACAAGUUAGAAAUAUACCUGAUAUUCCUUUGUUAUUACGAGGUGAUACGGACACGCUAGAACGACGAAAUGAUCCUUCGGGUAGGGAACGUUCUCUUCCACCGCAACAGCCUCUUCCAUCGCGAAAUGAUCCAUCAGGUGAAGAGAGGCAUCAGCUACAGUUGCAGAUAAUGAUGGAGCCGAGCGAGACUCGUGAAGUGCUCGGCAGAGGCAACGAGCCCGACGAAGUUGCGCAGCAAACAGACGCGGAACGUAGACAGAUACCAGGCGGAGCAUCUUCUAACGACGUCACGCAGUUGUCGGACGACAGGACAACAGGUGGUAGAGUUGUUACUGGCUCUCUUCCGGAGGUUCCUUCGCCGAUGUCCGCGAUGCAGGAUCAGGCGAGUGAAUCGCGAAAUAAACGUGAAGAAGCGGUAGGCGCAUCUUUGGAAAGCGAGAGCCAGGACAUCUCCAGCUCCUCGAAUCGACGGGAUUCCUAUGAAGACGAAAAAGAUGAGGGAUCUCGCAACAGUCGAGACGAAAGUAGAGAGAGACGACGAGAAACAAGUCCUGAUCAUCGACGAUACGAAUAUGACCGGAAGAAUGCGUACUACAAUCAUGAAUACGAAGACGAUUAUUAUUACAAACGUCAACGCGCGGGCGACAAUGAUCGUCAGUAUAAUGCCCGCGACGACUUCGAGCGACGGGAUGUUUCGUAUCAGGAAGACGAACGUAAUCUCAGUCGCGACGAUUUAGAUCGACAUGGUAGAGACGAUAUGGAUAGAAGAAUCAGGGGAAAAGAGGAUCUAGAUGAAAGGGACAGUAGAAGAAGACCAGAUGAUCGCAGAAGAGACAGAGGUGAUGAUCCACGUCGUCGAGACAGAGAUCCAAGAGAUUAUGAUGCACGAUAUUCUAGAGAUCCUAAGGAUAGAGAAUAUAUGGGUGAAAGAAGAAGGGACGAUAGACGAUUACGAAGACACGAAGAUUGCGAUAUUAAAGAUCCGUAUAGAAGGAACAACGACGAUGAUCCUUAUAGAAGAAGUUCUAGGCCUUCAAGUAGAUCUUCUUAUAAUGAUAAAGACCGUACGAUGGAACAAUACAUGCAUGUGAAAGACCUUUAUGAAUACAUUUCUUAUUCAUAUCUUGUGAACCUACGUCGGACGAAUCCUGCUGCCUAUUCUGAGUGGUACUAUAAAUAUUACGCGAGUCAGCAGCAGCAACAGCACAUUGCCAGAGGAGUCAGUAAUUAUCCAGAAGAUAGAGCCAGUGUUCAUUCCGGCCGUAGCUCCUGCGACGACAGAUUUUUUCCAAUCCCAAGUGCAUGUUUCCAUUCACCCAACAAGGCAUUGUAUGUCCCACAUUUCGAAUAUUCCGGAUGGGUCGGAAAUCCACGGGAGCGCAGUACGGUUUGUCGCAAUUUUAAUAGGACUACUGGUGAUAAACGAACAUUGGGUGAUAUGUCGUUGUUGGAAGAUACAAUAAUUACUUCUGCUCGAUUGACACCGACUAAAUAUUCCACGUCUCAUGUAUAUGGAUGCUUUUCCAUUGGAUCUUUGAUACAUGUUCAUCCAAGUUAUCCAGCUGAUGGCGAAAGAGCUAAAGUGGAUAUUUUUCGCGUAGAUAACUUACUCUCGCAUGAUCCUGUUGCACGCGAUUUACGAUUGUAUCCAGGACCUCUAAUUAAUGGUGUAACGCAUAAGAAGACUAUCAUAGAAUAUUGCGAAAAUAAAAUUAAAAAGGCAGUGAUAAAUGAAAAAAUUAUUGAUCGCUCUUCAUACAUCUUGUUAUACGAACUAAUGAUUAUGUUAAUUCAACAAAAUGGAAACGUUGUUGGCGUCGAUAUUGCUGGACUCUUAUUGCGUAAUAAGGAUGCUUAUCCUUACGACGCGAACAAAUUCAGAUCUCAGGAUGUAGGACGCAGAGAAUCGCAAAUAUCGCAGCGAUCUGGAGCAACGGGCAGCGACGGAAGUACCCAAGAUAUUUCAACAUUAUCCGAGAAAAUUGAAACCAAGCAACGAAAAACUGUAGAACAAAUAACAGAUGAAUUCAGAGAUACGUUACUCUACGGACGGGUUCAAGAAGCAUUAGAGUACGCGAUGAACGAAGGACUUUGGGGCCACGCUCUCUUCCUAGCUAGUAAACUGGAUAAACGCACGCACGCUUCUGUAAUGACUCGUUUUGCAAACAGUCUGCCAUCACACGAUCCACUGCAGACCCUGUAUCAACUGCAUUCUGGUCGUAUACCUGCUAUAGUUACGUGCGUCGCGGAUCCGCGCUGGGACGAUUGGCGGCCUCAUCUAGCUAUGAUUAUAUCUAAUACCUCGACCAAUCCGGAAGUUAAUCGCCGAUCAAUAACGACUCUCGGGGAUACGUUAUUCGCGAGGGGCGACAUCCAUGCCGCACAUUUUUGUUACAUACUCGCGGAAAUUGAUUUCGGCACUUACGGAACUAAUGGAGUUAAACUUGUGUUGAUCGGCGCUAAUCACAACAAGUCGUAUUCUGAAUUCUUUACCAUGGAAGCUGUCAUGUUAACAGAAAUAUACGAAUACGCUCGGAACCUUAGCGAUCCGCAUUUCACAUUAGUAGACCUUCAAACAUUCAAAUUUGAUCUAACCGUGAAGAUGGUGGAUUGUGGAUUAAUAGAGAAAGCUUUAUUAUAUAUCGAACAGAUUGCAAUAAAUAUCGCGAACGAUCCAUCGAAAUACAAGAAAUCCUUCAUCGAAGCGGUUUAUGUAUUAGGCGAUCGAAUCAAGUAUCACGAUCCAGUCUAUAAGGACGCUAUCGAAGAUGCUGCGAAUGUAACAUGGCUUAAUAGAUUAGCGGAGAUAGUUGGAAAAUAUCAGGAUGAACAGGCUGUCGAAAAUGAAACGUACAGUUCUCGUACUAUGAUAGAAAAUCAGGAAAUUCAUGAAGUAAAACAUCAGCAACAGCAACCAUUGCAACUACCCCCAUUAUCAUCACAACAACAAUGGAACACUAUACAAUCCGAUUACAAUGACGGGCCUACGUCGAUGGAAGUUAACACGAGUGAAAUGCAACCAUUAUCUUUGCCCACGAACAUUCAAGCUACAUACGAUCCGAAUGCGCAAUAUAUGAGAAACAUAGACGAAUCUGUUCAGUAUCAGCAGUCGCAACAAGAUUAUUGGAGCCAGCAGUUGUAUCAAAAUAAUUACGGGAGAAACGAAUCUAUGCAAUCUAAUUGGCAGCAACAGUCUACACCAGUCUACACCUUAACUGAUCAGACUGAAGUAACUAACUCGCAACAACAAGACAAAUGGAACUAUGAGACGGAAAGGGAAGACAAAACACCCACACCUGAACCUAUGCAGCCAACAAUCUCAAUGACACCAUCAACGGGUAAACAGUUUGAUCCAUUGGAAGAAUUAAAAGCGCUUGAGACACCACGAUCGACUGCCAAAUCUGCGGCGGACACGAAGAAAACAACCGAAAAAACGGCUGAGAAGAAACCUUCCAACAGUGGUGGCUCCUGGUGGCUCUUUCGUAGUUUGUUCAAUAAACUUGCACCCAAGCCGAAAAAUCAAAUGAUAUUGCCGGACGAUAGCAAGCUAACGAUUGUAUGGGAUCCAAGCACUAAUAAGUGGAUAAACAAGGAUGAGGAUGACGAUAGUAGUACCGCGACAUUGGCCCCACCGCCGAAAACAGCCGACAUGAGUUUUCGAGCACCUGCAGUGGAACGUGUUCCACAGCCAUCUUUACCGAGUGCACACAACGAGGAUACACCAGCGGCGGAUAUUUCAAAAUUGCGUACUGAUAACAAUAUGUUCAAACUGCCAAAGGGUAGAAGUAUGCGUGCUAACUACGUAGACGUAUUGAAUACCGGCGGAAAAUCUAAAGGUAACGCGGUGUCGUCUAAUGUGGCCACCCCCCCCAUGACGUCUCUACUCGUACCUACAGCUACCUCAUCCCCGCAGAUGCUUGUACCCGCGCCAAUUAAUGAUCCAACCGCUCCUGUGGAUUUCCUGAUUCCGACAGCAACACCGCCGUCUGGAAACAUCGCGGAAAAUACUCCACUCUCUCGCUGGAGCUCGACCAGCUCGUUAUCACGAGAGGUGCAGAGCUACACAAUGAGGGAUCCGCGGCUCCUUCAACGGAACAAGGGACCAAUGAUGUUCAACCCGAGUGACAUGAAGGAUCGUUCGGUGAAGAACAUGCCACCUAGCAGAUAUCAUCCACGAUAAUUUUUUGCAACCGCUCAUGAGAAUAAUUUGUUAUUUAAAUUAGGAAGUUUCUUAUAUAAUUGCAGUUGUAUUUAAUGUGAAUAUCUGUUCUUGUACAGAAAAAACGUGACAACAAUAGUAUAUUUUUAGAGUAAUGUACGAUGCAUACAAUCUCUUUCGAAAGGAUAUGUACAACGUAAGAAUCUAGAAAAUACUGUCUUUUUAGGCAUUUCACAUAUUUGAAUUGUCUAGAUUAAUUUUUACAUUUGAAAUUCUGUUCGAGUUUGUUAUAUUUAUCAUAUCGAAUUAAAUAUUACGUUAAAAUUUAUUUAGAACAAGAUUUCCACGCGGAAUAUAGGAAAUAUAGAAAAUAUAGGAGACAAUUUAACGAUUGCAAUGGUGGCGUAGAUAAAUUGUACCCGAGCACGUAUGAUGAUUUGUAAACUAAAAGUUUUCAUUGUACACUUUUCAAUUGAAAGAAUAUGCUCCUUUCAGAUCAAUUCUCACGGAAUGUUAUUUCGUGUGCAGUGUGUGUAAUGAAUUUAUUUAAAAGUUACGCACCGAUUUCCGUUUUUAUUAAAUACGUAUUUCCAUCGGAUGAUUACUUAUGCAUUUGCUAAUAGUUAAUCAUCGUUUUGGAAGUGUGCGAGUGCAUUCCCGUUACUAUGUUCGUUUAGUUUGUAAGUAAAUUGUCACCGGUACCGGAUUCGAUGUUACGCGAAGAUUCAAGUCCUGCGAGCUCGAAUUAUGUGAGUGAGAUGUAAAGUUAAUAUUUUUACGUGCAACAUGUAAUCGAAGAUCUAUCUAAGUUACAAUUAUAAAUAAUCUCUCGCUUCGAAGUGUCUUGUAAAUGUGUGACGAUAGAGAGAGGAUUGUACGCUGAUUAUAUAGUUUAACUAUAUCGCAGAACUUGUUACAACACGGCCUCAGUAUGUGCUGUAAUUCUAAGUCUGAUUUUAUAUGUACGGAGAAGAGAGUAUUGUAGUGCCGAUAAAUACGAGAUAUUAGGGAUAUGAGAAUUUUAUCGAGCGUAAGAGGGGAAAUAGCACAUUAAGUGUAUGAUAGGAAUACUGUUGUUAGACGCUGGGUUUAUAAUAUUACGAGAUAACAUUGAUACACCAAUAAAUACGCAACUGCCAUCAACGUACGGAUAGUAUGAAAUGAGUAACGAGUUUGUAUCGCGUUUCCACUGGUUCAAUCGCGUUAGAUUUGUAAGAUAACGUUGGUGUCUAUCUCCGCGAAGAAUUUGAUAGUUGCAAGUAUUGAUAAGGGAUAGUAAAGGAUCCUAGCAAAGAAUAGGCAGACGGUUUUGGUGUACGUUGAAAUGUCUCUAUCGGAAAAUAAAUGUCCUGGGAGAUAUAUAUUUUUCGGUAAAGAGUGAGUACCUUUGCAAGUAAAGGCUUUUUACUUGGCUCAAUCUAUCGUCGCCUUGCGCAUCGUCCUAUAUGGAUACUGUUGAUUGUUCAAUUUUAGAAUCUUUCGUUGAAAAUAUUAUCGAUUAUAACGGUUCGUCUCGAUUUUUCUCGCUGAUAAACGCCCCGUAAUAUUGUCAAGUACGAUUGAGAAACUCUCCAUAGAGUACUUCGAAACGGUAGCAAAUUUCUGGCGCAUAGAUAUCCAUUGACCACAAAUAGAAGGGAUUGGUUCUAGGGAUAAUUUUUGUAAAUUGUGACACUCGUAAUACAUUUUAUAUCUGUGACAUACGAAUUAGGUAUAUCUUAGAUGCAUAUAUUAUAAUAUAUUAUAAUAUUAUAAUAUAUAUGUUACAACACACAUGUUGAUACUGUUGCAGAGAUGCCGCGUGUAAGUUUUAUAUAUAUAUAUGUAUACGUGAACUCUAGAUUUGUACAUAUUCUAAAUGUAGCUUUCGUAAACUUGUCCUAUCGCAAUUGUUUAUAUAUAGAGAAUUCGCGCUUGUUUUUUAAAUACCGAGACAUAUAGAAAUGGAUCCCGCGCUAUACCUUCGCCGAAAUGUAACCAGAGUUCUGUUUGUGGUGAAUGGCAACUUAUUGCGACCAACAUCACUGUUAGUCAUGCAGUUGAUCGACGAUAAACUUUCGUCGAGAAAUCUAUGCAGUCGUUACAGCUGAAAUAUGCAUGUUUCUAAUCCUUACACGCGAUCGAGCUUAAGUUAUUGAGAAUUCGAGUGGCGAUGCAGAAUGUGCAAUUGAACUGUCGUCUCUUUUUCUUAUUAUUUAUCGUCAUUCGCUCGCCUCGCAAAAAAAGCUCGAGAAAUAUUAGUGUAAAAUGUGAAUGCGAUCGGCUCGCUCGAGAUUGAGCUCACGGUGAUAUGUCGCAGCGAGCGAGAAGAGGAUUUUAAGAUUAGCGUUAAAGUUGAACAGAAGUAUUAAUCGAGCUGUAAUUGUAAUGUAUGUAUAGGCCGGUUUAUGGAAUGACGCGAUUUCGUCUUUGAUGUAACAUAAUUGCUAUAUACGUUCACGCACCCUGGAAUUCCGAGUUGAUGUACGUUUAUGGAGGAUAAAAUUGCGGAUUACAAUGAUAAUAACAAUAGUGAUAAUCUAUACUGUAUAUUAUUAAU